AGCUCUCCAUCCAUCAUCAUGACACUGACUUCACUUACAUCUCCACUCAGCUACAUUCCUCUCUUCUCCCCACCUCCUCCUCCCUUACCAACCCUCACUACUCCUCCUUCCUCCACUCUCUCUUCCUCUCUCCCUCUCUCUCCUCCCAGUCUCUCCUCUUUACUGAUAUCAUCCACUGGUUGGUUGAUCUACUAUCAGUGAGUGAGAGAGAAGAGGGUGAGGGUGUGGCUGGUUCUAUGGAUAAAAGGAGGGAAAAGUUCCAGCUGUUGAAACUGUUUUCAUUAAUGAACUCAAAAUCAAUUUCUUUAUGUUUGGAUGAAAUGGACAGGCUGUUAUCAUAUUUAUUAAAAUGGCUAUUGAAAGCAACAGAUAUUGAAUUGUGUGUGUCAGUAGUGAGCACUUAUCGUCAUCUUGUUGACUGUUAUUCCUCUUCUAACGAUAUUAAUAAAUAUUUGAAUAAUGCAGCUGGUAUCAUAAUGGACUCUAUCAAUGAUAAUAAUGAUAAUAAUAAUAGUGAUAUAACAAAUGUAUUGUUUCAUGGUGUUGUAUUCCAGUCUCUCCAUUCUUCUCUUCUCUCCUCAUCAUGGACCCUCUUCCAACCUACCCUAGACAAAGCAAUGAAAGACAAAACUAAUUACAUCACACCUCAGUUGCUGCUCCAGUGUUGCCGUGGCGACCUCUACUUCUCCCCCUCUCUCUCCCCUCUCUCCCUCAGCUCCUCCCUCCCUCUCUCCCUCUCUCUCUUUCUCCUCCCUUCUCUCGGCUCAUGUGAUCUUCCCUCUCUACAGCAUCUCGUUGGAGAAGGGCUGGAUGGAUACCCGUUGGUUGAUGUGUUGUUGCUAUGGUUACCUGAAGGUGGACAUAGAGAGGAGGAUGUUAAUGAGGAGGUAUGGUUAAUGGGUAUGGUCACAUCUUUAUUGAGCAUCGUGAUUUUAGAAUCUUUAGAGGAAUCUUUAUUAUCUUCCCUUAUACUGCCUGUGGUUAGGUCUUCAUUAAAGUUGCUAGUUCAAUCAAGAAAGUGUUCGGCUUUACCAACAAUCCAAUCAUUAUUGAAAAGGUGUUCUGAUCAGUUCAUUUCUCUUCUCUCACUCUCUCAUCUAUUGGAACAUUAUAAGCCAGAGCUGGAUGAAGAGAUUGUAUCAGAAGAUUCAAAAAGAGAAGGAAGAGGAAGAGAAGUGAAGAGUUAUAAAGAUGAUGCUAUCAUUCAGUUGAUAUUGGAAGAGUCUGAUGCCACUCUAUGGACUGUACUAGCUCCUAUUAAGAAUAGACUUGAUAUACCAUUGAUAAGCAGUAAAGAUCCUUGUCAAGUCUGCUCAUUAUUAUACAUUACAUCACCCAACACUGUACAGUACAAUGAGUCUAUCAAUACUGUACUGAGUUCUAUAGUACAGUAUCAGGAUCAGCUCAACCUGUUUGGAGGAGGAAAGUAAGUAAAUGUAAACGCUCCUACUCUAACUAGUAAUUAGUACUUAUUAAUUUUCUAUCUCUCCUUCUAUGUAUUAUAAUGUGUGUAAUAUCCCACUGGUUGCUAUGGUAUAGCCAGUAUUCAUUAUGUACUGUCAUAACUUCCUUUAGUCACAAAACCUAUGAAUAUAUUUAAGGUAACACCCACUUUUUGUGUCUAGUUGACCUUCUUUAGCUGCCUUCCCUUCUUCUUUUCAUUCUCGUUGAUUCCAACUUCUUCAUUUUCUUAUCGUUCGUUCUUGCUCUAUCUUCAUU